AUGGUGGGCGGCCGUCGACAACAACUCAAUUCCCUCAGCACAAAUGGCAACAAGGACAACAGCGGGCAUCAUGGAAGAAACCUCCAUAAGAACGGGUGGUAUCGCGAUGAUAUCGAGACGGGCACGCGAUCGCCUGGGCAGAGAUUCAGAGAUAUGGUCAACCAGACUAUAGUCAAGAACCGAUCCAACGAGCUGAAGCGGAAGCUCUUAGACGGCAUCGAUCGAGAUGCCCUCGAGAGGUUUCGGAAGAGCGACAAGGAGCUGAAAGAAAUAAGCAACAAGAAAGUCCGCGCCUUUUACGAGUCCCAAAACGAGCGUCUCGACGACAUGCUCAAGGUCGACACCGUCGUGAUGGCAAUCGCCGACGACGUGCUCGAAAGCAUGAACCCACAAGACCUCGACAACGACGGGGUCGCCGAAAGCGGCGGGCCCCUUCGCAGCACCGGCGGAAACAUCGAGCCCUUCCUCCCCGACGACGAGCGCGAGAAACGGCGGAAAGCGCGGCGGAAUGCUAAGUGGGCCAUCAACAUUAAUGUCGUUGCGAAUAUCCUCCUCCUGGCCGCGAAGUGUGCCGCAGCGGGCUACUCCUCCUCGCUGUCCCUCAUCGCCUCGCUCGCCGACUCGGCCCUCGAUCUCCUCUGCACGCUGAUUGUGUGGUCCACGAACAAGCUCGUCCAGUGGCGUCUGGCGCGCCUGAAAGCCAAGUUCCCCGUCGGCCGCAAGCGCCUCGAGCCCCUGGGCAUCCUCGUCUUCUCCAUCAUCAUGAUCGUCUCCUUCCUCCAGAUCCUGAAAGAGUCGGUCGAGAAAUUGCUACCGGGCGAGGGAGAAGCAGCGCCCCUCCCCGCCGUCGCGAUUGGCGCCCUGGCGGCGACCGUGGGUAUCAAAGGCUUCAUCUGGAUCGGGUGUGCGCGGAUAAAGACGACGCAGAUCCAGGCAUCUUCACGUGCUGACCCCAACGCGUCAGACUGUAAAACCGACGUCGUCUUCAACACCCUCUCCCUAGCCUUCCCCCUAAUUGGCCACCGCUUCAACAUCUGGUGGCUCGACCCGCUCGGCGCCCUCCUCCUCUCGCUCUUCAUAAUCUACGACUGGGCCGACACUUUGCUCCAAAACGUGACGCGCCUUACUGGGGCCGCCGCCUCCCCGCGUCUACACAAGAAGCUGCUGUACUUAGCAUGGCGCUUCGCGCCGGUUGUGGACGGCUACAAGGCUGUUACAGCGUACCAUGCGGGGGAUGGGGUGUGGGUCGAGAUGGACAUCAUGUUGGAUGAAAAGACGCCGUUGAGACGGGCGCAUGAUGUUGCGGAGACGCUGCAGUAUUGUGCUGAGGGGCUUGAGGAGGUGGAUAGGGCGUUUGUGGCUAUGGAUUAUAUGGUGCAGGGACCUACGGGGCAUGCGGGUGAGGGAAUGUGA